AUGUUCCGUGCUGGCCUCCGUUCAAUCACUAGAGCUCAGCGACAGGCGGUAAAGUCUAAGCCGUUGGUGCUUUUCAUGAAAGGAACGCCCGAUAUUCCUCAGUGUGGAUUCUCUCGGGCCGUCAUUCAGAUUUUGGGCUUGCAUGAGGUGCCCAAGGAGAAGAUGCAAACGUAUAAUGUUUUGGAGGACCAGGAGCUGAGAAACUCUAUCAAGGAAUACUCCGAAUGGCCAACCAUCCCUCAGCUAUAUGUCAAUGGCCAAUUUAUUGGUGGAUGUGACAUUGUUAUGAACAUGCACCAAUCUGGUGAGCUUGAAGAACUGUUGGAAAAGAAUGAAGUUAUCCCGCCGGUCCCACCUGCAGCCAAAACCGAGUAG